GCGGGAGCAUGAAAGCGAAAAUGAAAGCAGAGACAAAGAGCAAGGGAAGGAUGAUGAAGCUACAUGAGGUUCGAGAAAGAGCUGCUGAACAUUUCAAGUCAAUUCUACUGGCCUGUUGCUGUAAGCUUAGACUACACUCCUCCUGAAGUCUAAUGAUUGACAGAUAUCUACAUUCUGAAAACAAACGGAAUGCCAGUACACCAUUUGCUGCAUUCGAGUGAUCUUUAAUAUCCUUAUCUUUACAGUAGUCAGCCAACAACUUUUCCACCAUAAUGUUCUGGGUCAGGUUCUUGGUUCUGGCCCUCCUGUCUCUGGCUGGUGUGACCCAGACCUCCUCUAGCCCAACCCAGACCUCUGAGCCCCCUAACCCCACUGAGGAGCAGCCUCCCUUGAAUACGGGAAGCCUCUCAUUCCCUUGGAGCCACCUCCGUCUUCCGGAGUACAUUGUUCCGCUCCACUACCACCUCCUGCUCCACCCUAACCUCAUCAUACUCAGCUACAUCGGUACCGUCAGGAUAGAGCUCCAGAUUCAGAACAAUACCAACUGGGUGGUGCUGCACAGCAAGGGGCUUCGUAUCACUACGGCAACUGUGCUGGACCAGAACCUGGCUCACCUGUCAGACCAGGUUCUCCCUGUUCUCCACAACCCUACCCAUGAGCAGGUUGCCAUAUUCUCUCCCAGAGUGCUCACUGGUGGGCAGAAGUACUUCCUGUUUCUGGAGUUUGGGGCGGCGCUAGGAGAGGGCUUCUAUGGCUUCUACAGGAGCACCUACAGAACCAGCACCGGAGAGACACGGACCCUGGCCUCCACUCAUUUUGAGCCCACCAGUGCUCGGAUGGCGUUUCCCUGUUUUGAUGAGCCUAGCUUCAAGGCUAACUACUCUAUCAGUAUCAGGAGGAGCCCAGCACACACCGCCCUGUCCAACAUGCCUGUAGAGCAGACAGUGGUCCUGGAUGAUGGACUAAUGGAGGAUCGUUUUGCUGUGAGUGUGAGGAUGAGCUCCUAUCUGGUGGCCUUCAUCGUGUGUGACUUCAGAUCUGUCAGCGCAACAACUGCUUCAGGGGUCAAGGUUUCUGUCUAUGCUGCUCCUGAGAAAUGGCAGCAGACCCAUUACGCUCUGAAGGCUGCAGUCAAACUACUGGAGUUCUACGAGAAAUACUUCAACAUCAGCUACCCACUACCUAAACAAGACCUGGUGGCUAUCCCAGACUUUCAGUCCGGAGCAAUGGAGAACUGGGGUCUGAUCACCUUCAGAGAGACGAGCCUGCUCUACGACCCCACCACCUCCUCAGCCUCUGAUAGGCUCUGGGUUACCAAGGUGAUCGCCCAUGAGCUCGCCCACCAGUGGUUUGGGAACCUGGUGACCAUGGAGUGGUGGAAUGACAUCUGGCUGAACGAGGGCUUCGCCACGUACAUGGAGUACAUCUCAGUGGACACCACAUACCCCAAACUCAGAGUGGAGGACUAUCUUCUGGACACCUGCUUCGUUGCGAUUGGUCGAGACUCUCUAAACUCCUCCCGCCCCAUCUCCAGUGUAGCUGAAAGCCCUACACAGAUUAAAGAGAUGUUCGACACAGUAUCCUACAAUAAGGGGGCAUGUGUCCUGCACAUGCUAAGACACUACCUGACUGACCAAGUGUUCCAGAUUGGAAUCAUGCGUUACCUUCGCAGGUACAGCUACAGCAACGCUCGCAACCAGGACCUGUGGGACAGCCUGGCCAACACAUGUUCAGAAGCGGAGUUCACCUCUGGAGGACACUGCUACAGCAACAGCCAGGCAGCUAAAAACGCAUACCUGUACGCCAGGGAGCACCUGGACCUGACGACCAUGAUGAACACCUGGACGCUGCAGACAGGUGUGCCCUUGGUAACGGUUGCUAGACAGGGGUCUCGUCUGGUGCUGAAACAGGAGAGGUUCCUGAGGACCACACAUCCGUCUGAUCCAGCAUGGCCCAGCCUGCAGCAGGGGUACCUGUGGCACAUCCCUCUGACAUACAGGACUGACACCUCAACAAGCAUUCACAGACACCUCAUGACCACACUCACAGACAGUGUGGAGGUGGGGGAGGAGGUGGGCUGGGUGAAGGUGAAUGUGGACAUGGCUGGUUAUUACCUGGUCCACUACGAUGGUUCAGGCUGGGAUGACUUGAUACAACUACUGAAGGACAACCACACAGCUCUCAGCUUCAUGGACAGAACACACCUCAUACACAACGCCUUCCAACUCACCACAGCAGGUCGGCUGUCACUCGAUAAAGCCUUGGACCUUAUUGGUUACCUGCGAUCAGAGAGUCACACUGUGCCCCUCCUCCAAGGGUUGGCCUACCUGGAAGCCUUCUACAGGAUGGUGGAGAGGAUGGACAUGCCUGACGUCACACAAAACCUCAGUACGUACAUCCUGUGGUAUUUCCGUGGUGUGAUUGACCGUCAGACGUGGAGCGACAAGGGCUCUGUGUCUGAGAGGCGGCUGAGGUCGGAGCUCCUCUCUCUGGCCUGCCAUCUAGGAGACCUCCCCUGUCUGGAGCAGGCCCAGCGCAGCUUCACACACUGGCUGGACUCCAACAGCACACUCAGCCUGCCUGCAGAUGUGACAGAGACAGUGUAUUCAGUAGGGGCCCAGGAGGACAGUGGCUGGGCGUCUCUCCUCCACAUAUACACUCUUUCCCUCUCAGAGACACACAAACACAAGAUCCUCUCUGCCCUGGCCAGCAGCAGAGACACAAACAAACUACACAGGUUGUUGGAGCUGGGUCUAGAGGGGGAGGUGAUCCGUACCCAGGACCUGGACUCCCUCAUCGUCAUGGUAGCCAGGAACCCCAGGGGACAUCAUCUGGCCUGGAGCUACGUCCAGAAAUACUGGAGCACCCUGGUGGACAAGUUCCAGUUGGGAUCGUUCUCUAUUAGAAACAUCAUCAUCGGCACCACAGGCCAGUUCUUCUCAACAGAGGAACUCACUGAGGUGCGUGUAUUCUUUGAGUCGAUUCAUGAGCAGGCGUCUCAGCUGAGAGUCACUCAGGUUGCCAUGGACAACAUCCAGAAGAACAUCCUCUGGAUGCAAAGAAACCUGGGAACUCUGAGGAGCUGGCUGAACCAACAGAUAGACUGAAGAGAGAAAUGGGGGAGGGGAGAGGGGUGGGGAGAGAGAGAGCAAUAGAAAAUGAGCUUGGAGUUUUUUAAAGCUUAAUUAGAGCUUUGAUUUGUAAUUAUGAAUAUUUGUGAGAUAAUUGAGUGUAUAUACUUUGGUCAUGUCUUUCAGUUUACAUCAGGGAUUUGGAAAUGUUUUUGUUGAAUUUGGUUAAGAUGUUUGAUAAUAAAAUGUUGUGAAAGUAUUAUUUGAAGAGCAGUAAGUAGGCCAGGAUCAUGUUGAAUUAAGAGCAAGAGUAAGAGCAAAUUAAAUACAAACAGAAAACCCUUUUUAGCUGUGAAUGUAGGAGUGGUCUGAAAAUGCUAAAACAUCACAGGACAGAAUGACGCUUGGCCUCUGCAGGGCCUCACACACUACAACCUCACAGCCACUAGUGGGAGCAGACUGCUGAUAAUUUAGUGUGAAACAGAUGUGUGUAAACAUAUUGCAAUGUACACAUUUGAUCACUGUUAUCAGCAGAACAUUUUAAUGUGCAGCAGGAAAUGCAAAUUGUAGUGUAUUCAAGGUUUAAAAAGGCUUCUAAAGUUAGCAAUUUCCACUUUAAAAUGUCAGACUUGAUUUCCCCUAUCAAAACAUUUAUCAACCCCUACAAAAAUGUACAUGAAUUAUAAUCCACAUAUUAAUUUACAUUUCCUGUUGCUGCAUGAUUAUUGUCCUGCUGUCAGAAGCAGGGUCAAACUAAGAUCUGUAUCUAUGUUGAGAGUUGGUUUAGUUGGUUUCCAAAAGACAGACAUCUUUCACCUAUAGUGUUUGCAAGUUGGUUGAAUCAUAUCAAAUAAAAUGUUAUUCGUCACAUGCUUUGGAAA